AUGCCUUUCGCACGCUCUGCUACGCGGGCAUCUGUCUUUGUAACGCUGCUGAACUUGUUCGCUGCGGCCGCGUUUGCAGCCUGGCAAAUCCCGCCAAAGGAUGAACCCAAGGAGGUCAUGGCAGAUGCCCUGAUGUCCUGCUACAACGCCAUGUUUAGCCCGGAGCCCAUCGACAUGAAGACUUACUUGGCAGACAGCCCAAGUCGAAGUUUACGAUUACACAAGGUCUGGUGGAGUCAUCGCGAGCCCCGGCUGCCCGUCACCUUGUUUACCCACUCCGAUUUGGGUCGCCUUAAAUCCGUGGAGGCUCAGUGCCGCGGUUUCCCGGGUGGCGCAAUCUCCGUGGCAGUGUGGAUUCCCCUUAUCGCCCCGAACACGACCUCCAAGGCCGCGUCCUCCUCGUCACCUGAGCAGCAACAACGGCAAUCGUCGCUUCCCGACCUGGACGCUAGCCAGCUUAACGCUUUGCGAAACGCCACGGAGCAGGUCGACGGCCUCUUCCGCAGCCUGGACCAACAACUUUCGCCGCAAUCGCCUGCUGCACAGUCCAGCUCGGCAAACGACGACACCAGUACCAGUACCAGCACCAGUACCAGCACCAGCACCAGCAGCAACUGCGUACUGCGGGUGAUGCUGCUGUACGAGCUGGUGGCGGAUGACAUCAUGGCGGCGCUGAUGCCACUCAACAUCUUGCGCAAUACGGCCGUGCUCGCCGCCACCACACCACUGGUCGCGAUGGUGGAUGCCGACAUGGCCCUCAACCGGGGCUUGGCCGCGGAGGUGCUCGUCAACGAGGCCAGAGUGGCCGAGCUCAAGCGGAAGGCUACGGAGGAACGCACGGUGUGGGUCGUCCCCAUCUUCGACACCAGCGACAAGCUGCCCUUCCGGGACCGCCAAGCAGCAGUAGACGCCGCGGUCGCAGGGGGGCCCGACGCCAAGGCUCAGCUGUUGGAGAUGUGGCGCAACAGAUCAAAUAUCUAUCCGUACGGCAUCCAUGGCUUCACUGCUGGCCAUGGCCCCACCGACUACGAGCAGUGGAAGCAGUCGAACACCGACUACAGCAUCACCUAUAGGGAGGGCUACGAGCCCUUCUUCAUCGGCGAUAGGCAACGCCCCACCCUAAACCCCUUCCUCCUCAAUUGUUCUGCGUACACGCGUACACUGGCGUUUGUGUUUCCCAGCCGAACCGACAGCUUGUUCCCGUGUCGUAUGCAGCAUUACGAGCUUGUCCAGCUGGCGAACGGUACCUCCAUUCGCGCCCGAGCCGCCAACUACGAGCACAGCAAAUCCACGUUCGCAGCCGCAUGUGCGGAGAUGAAGGACGGCACCUACCAAGUGGUGAUGAACGCAGCGGCGGAGCACUGUCGCGCCGUGCUGCCAUGGUGGCGGCCCAAGGUGGCAAACCGACCGACAGCAGCAGCAGGCAGAACUAGUACGCUGCGGACGAGAUGGCGGCAUCGAUAG